AUUUGUAAGAGAAAAAAUAAAUCUUUGAAAAAAUGGCUUCUACUGGUACGGCUCUUUUUGGUUCAAAUAUCGGCAGUUCUUCGAAGAAUUUAGUUGAAUUUCGCGCAGGAAAGAUGAAACUAAAUGGCACUACAGUCACAGCUGACAAACGUAAAGGUUUGGUGUACGUUUUUCAAGGCGAAGACUCUUUGAUGCAUUUCUGCUGGAAGGAUCGUGGAUCGGGGAAAGUUGAGGAUGAUUUAAUAAUCUUCCCUGAUGACGUGGAAUAUAAAGCCGUAAAGCAGUGUACAACUGGACGAGUUUUCAUUUUGAAAUUCAAAAACUCCUCACGUAAAUUGUUCUUCUGGAUGCAAGAGCCAAAGUCAGACAAAGAUGAAGAUUUGAUGAAGAAAGUGAAUGAUUUUUUGAACAACCCUCCUGCUCCAGGAUCAUCUGGUGGCGGUCUGAGGCACUUAGGUGACCAAUUAAUAGGUGACACAAGUCUUCAGGGUUUGAUCGGCAACAUGGAUCAACAACAGUUGUUACAAUUGCUCGGCAGUAGCCAGGGUAUGUCUGGCCUUAGUCUGGCUGGUUUGACGUCCCGUGGUUCAAGUGCUGGAAGCACGCCUGCAAGCAGACCAAGUGAUAGUGAACCACCUACCACAGCACCCUCUCAGUCAAUUUCUGAUAACCAGUCUUCGGGUGAUCAAAACAAGACGUCAUCCAGUGGUACUGGAGAUAAGGAUACACCGGCAUCAGCCACUCCUGGUCCUGCAGUUCAGCUCAGUGAUCUUCAAAACAUUUUGUCUAACAUGGCUGUUCCAGUUCCUCAGCAAUUACCAGAAGCUGUGGACCUGAAUCUUGUGAUAACUCCAGAAAACCUGGCACCAAUGCUAAGCAAUCCUGAAAUAAGGAACCAGUUAAUACCCUUUUUGCCAGCUGGUGAAGAUCUCCCUCAGGAUGAGUCCCAAUUACUGCAAACUCUGCAGUCACCCCAUUUUCAACAGAGUUUGCAAGCAUUCAGUACUGCACUGCAGUCGGGACAACUUGGACCAAUAAUGAGUCAGUUUCAACUGCCAGAUAGUGCUGUGCAGGCUUUCACCAGAGGAGAUGUGACCGAGGUGGCGCAAGCUCUUCAGGGGAACCCAGAAAAUGAUGAUUCAAAAUCUGAUUCCAAGGAUGAAGAGGAAGACAUGGCCUUGGAUUGAAAUUGACUUCCUUAAUUAAUUAAAAACUCAAUUAUUCUCAUUUUGUUUCUUGCUAUAUGUUUAAGUAUCACAAUUUGUUAAUGAGUUAGUAGGAUAGAAAAAUAUGUCAGAAAUAAAACUCAAUUGAAUCCUGUUUAAAUUUGUUUGAGCUUAAGUCAACAAGGAAGAACUUUAUGUUAUAACAUACAUAGAUCACUUACCCACUUAAAACUUCAAUGGCUAUCAGUAGGAUGUCUAAGUUCUGUCAAGAAAAUCAAACAAUUCAACCAUACAAGGUCAAAAAUUUGA